UAGUAGGGUUUUGGUUUUCCCUCUCUCUCCGGUCUCCGCCUCCGCCUCCGCAAUGGCGUCUGCCCCUGAUCCUGCCGACCGUGCGCUCGCCGCCCUGGAGAGCUGCUUCCGCUUCCUUCCGGCUGACGCCGUCCCCGCGGUCGUCGACUGCGUCCUCGCCUCCUCCUCCGCGGCCUCCCCCUCCCAACUCUUCCACGCGCUCCUCCAUUCCUCCUCCUCCAAGCAGGAACAGGAGCAGGAACAGGGUCUCCAAGCCCAGUCCGACCAUCAUGCCGCCAUCUCCUACACCGCCGCGCUCUGCCAUUUGCUCGCCCAAUUCGACAGCCCCCCGAAGGCUAAGGAUGCUCUGCGCUUGCUGCUGUGGAGGGUUUUCCUGCCGCUGCUCAGAGAUGGCAUCGUACCCAAUCAUCUUCACCAGGUGAUUGCUUUGAUGUGCGAUGCAGUCUCCAAUACCGGAUCCUGGGACCUACUAGGAGCUACCAUAGUUCCAUUCUGCAUUCGGUCAUCUGCUGUUGCCAUGGGUUUGUACGCCAAUGAUGACUCCAUGCUUUACCACAGUACCAUGGAAGCGGGUUUUGAUGGGGAGAAUCUGUCACACAUGCUACCGCUCUCCAAGGCGAGCAGUGUGUUAGCAUCAGUGCUGGGGGACACGUUGAAGAGGCGAAGGACCAUCCUCAGCGUGGGGUUGCUUACCUCUCAGGAAUGUGCUGCUGAUCUCGAUGCACUGGUGCAGAAUUUGACAUGGGACAUAUCCACCUUGGUACUCAAGAUGUUUGCACAUGGUCAAGAGUAUCGGUCUUGUGCAGCCCGGAUCCUCCUACAGCCUCUACUCAUCUCACUUGCAGAUGUUUCCUGCGUCAACUUAACGUUUGGCGCAGUCCAGCAUAAGCUAUCGAGGUUUGGUUUCCUAGAAUGUAUAUGGAAGUCCUGUGUUUCUCUGUUUUCUUUGGGGUGUGGCGAGCGGCUGGACGCAUACAACAUACUUUCUUUGUACUUCUCAACACUCAAAUCGGGAAAUCUAGACGCUGUCUUGGGAGCUGACGAGGUCCAGGAAUUUGAUCUUAGGAAUGUCAGCGAAUUUUGGGAUGAACUACGCAGGGGACUGGUUGACAAGGAUUCUUUAGUAAGGAAACAGGCCUUCUCUGUCUUGAAACUAUCACUUAGCAUGUUUACCUCUUCUUCUGGGAAUGAUGUCACCCAUCAUUUCUCCAGCAGGAGCUCAACUGCUUUUCCUGCUCAAACCAAAUCAAAUACUGCAGCGACAAAAAGAGAAAGGUGGGCUAGCAAAGAAGCUAAGUCCCUGGGCGUCAGAGAGAUGGGCCAAUCAGGCGAACACUGUUCGAGUGGUCAAGAUCGGUGGAGGGUCUUCCAGUUACUCUAUGAGAUGCUCCAGGAGUACGGGACACAUUUAGUUGAAGCAGCCUGGACACACCAGGUAGUGCUGCUGUUUGAGUCUACACCACAGAGUGACUAUUUGAGUCACACCUCCCAUGGAGCCUUUCAUGCUCAGAUGGAGUCUUUGGAAGGAAUUUUGCACUGGAUGGCAGUUCUUUGGGAGCGUGGGUUUACUCAUGAUAAUCCUCAAGUCAGAUGCCUGGUUAUGCAAUCCUUUUUGGAUAUUGCAUGGGAACGCUACAAGGUUUGCACCCAGAUAAUUCCAAGAGGCUUUGUUCUCGGUCCUCUGAUACGUGGUUUGAACGAUGUAGUUCACCACAAGGAUUUCGGCAUUGGGGGUGUUUAUAAUUCGAAAACCAUAAAAGGUGCAGAGAGAUUUUUCAACACUUAUGCCCAUAACUUGACGGAACGUGACCGUAUACAUCUGGUUUGGAGUUUGGCAUCUGCUGCUAAGCAGGAUUCAUUUGGCCGAGCAGGGUUAAUGACUCUUGCAUUCUGUGUUGCUUCAUGCGCAUGUCAGUCAGAUACAAAUGAUGUGCCAUGUGCUACCUCUCGGAAAGAAGUGGUAAAAUGUGACGGAGAUGCACCUGCAGCAGUUAGGAUUGUGGAUUUGUUAGAUGUCUUAUGUAUUCUUAGCGAGAGGAGCAAACAACACUUUAAUCCAAAGUAUCGUCUGAAAGUUUGUGAGCAGGUUAUCAAAGUUGCAACAUCGCUGAUAAGUGCCACUGAAAUUCCACUUAAUCAGCUUCCGCAUUUCAUUUCUACAAUACCUCGAGAGUUCACUGAUUAUUUUGGACCACUGAGAGUAAUAGUUCAGAAAUGGUUUGUUCAGAAGAAAGAAUGUUCUGCCGGUAACACUUUGUUGAAUAAACUUAUUGAUUUCCCUACCACCUUUGUGAAGCACAAACAGGAAGAAGGUUCAAAAUUGUUUGAUGAUGAGGAUGUGGGUGCAUGGGAAGCUGAAGCACGGAGGUGGGCAAGGAUCCUUCUUCUUGUAACAUCAGAGGAGCAAUAUUUGAAGCGAAUCUUUGUGUUUGUGGAAGCAUACGGUUACAAGCUCUCUGACCAAUGUCCCAUUGGAGAAUGCAUUCCUGUAAAGUUUUUUAUCAUUGUUUUAAGCUUGAUUGAGGAACUUGAAGUGAGGCGGAAAAAGCUUGUUUGCCAGAAUAAUACCAUCUUGAAAGGAGGUGCACAUAGAGCAAAUGGCUUAGAGCACCAUGAUCUCAAUGAGAAGCUUGCAGAAUCAUUAUCUCUAGUUUUGGAAAAUAUGGUGCUCUUCAGCAAGACAUCUUGCUCAAUUUUCUGGUUGAGAAGUGUGGAGAACACGGAUUUACCGUAUUCAGUUAAAGGGAAGCUGGGAGGCCCAAGUCAGCGCCGUUUGUCUACCUUUAUAACCUCUUCAGUGUUGCAGGGUAUUUGGUCAAUGAGGUGUAUUAGUUCUGUUGCCUUAUGGUGUAACCAUUACAGCUCCGGUGAUUCUCUUUCUUCAACAUUUUCUUUCCUAUGGGACUUCUGUUGGGAAGUUAUACAACACUCCACUAAUGCCACCGAGACUGGAGCUGAACUUCACUUGGCAGCUUAUGAAGCUCUAGCCUAUGUUCUAGUAACUCUAUCUACUGCUCGCAAUUCUCGGUUUCUGGAUCCUGUGGAAGCGAAGCAAACAAAUCAAGCCAGGAAAUUUUCAUUGGAUAAUUUGGUCACCACUUUCCUUGACAACAUCAACUAUAUCCUUAUGAAUGGAACUCUAACACGAAGCAGACGAGCUGUUUUAAUGAAUUGGAAGUGGCUUUGUGUGGACUCCAUGCUAUCCAUUUCUUGCUGCUAUAGUGAGAAUGAGUCUCAGCUGAAGAGUUUGGAUCCUUUAUUUUCAUAUUCAACGCUCCGAUGCAUUCUUUUUGAUGUUAUCGAAAGCCUUGAAAAUGCUGGCGAAAAUUCUGUCUUAUCCAUCCUGAGAUGUGUGAGAUCUGUUUUGGGGCUGUUACACUUGAAUAUGGGCUCCAGGAAUUUUACCUCUUUAGGCAUUAGUUAUGAGAUUAUGAUGCAAUUAGUAAAAUCCUCCUGGAUCUUGCACCUUAGCUGCAACAAACGCCGAGUGGCGCCAAUUGCUGCACUAUUAUCUGCAAUAUUGCACCCAGCAAUCUUUCCUAAUUUGGAAAUGCACCAGACAAACGAAAAAGGGCCAGGCCCUUUGAAAUGGUUUAUUGGGAAUCUUCUUAAUGAAGGUUCAAAAAGUCCUCGAACUACUCGCCUAGCAGCUUUGCAUUUGAGUGGUCUAUGGUUGAUGUACCCACAAACUCUUAGAUUUUAUAUGGAUGAACUGAAGCUACUAUCGUUAUAUGGAUCUGUGGCAUUUGACGAAGAUUUUGAAGCUGAACUCUCUGAAAACCACGAAGCAAGAUUUGAGGUUUCCAUGCUAGCGCAAAGUCCAGAUCAUGAAUUCAUGGAGGUUUUCAUUAAUACAGAAUUAUAUGCUCGCGUUUCAGUUGCUGUUCUCUUUCAUCAGAUUUGGAAACAAAUCAAAGAAAAGAGUAGCCUGGAAACUGAAGCUCUUCAACCUGGCAAACUAUUUCUACUAAAACUUCUUGACUCCGCGGUGAAUGACAAGGAUCUUUCAAAAGAACUUUACAAGAAAUAUAGCAGUGUACAUAGGCGUAAAGUUCGUGUGUGGCAGAUGAUAUGUGUUUUGUCACACUAUGUAGAAGACGAUAUAGUUGGAGAAGUGACAUCUAUCAUUCACAUCUGUCUUUAUAGAAAUAAUUUGCCCGCUGUCCGGCAGUACUUGGAGACAUUCGCUAUACUUAUUUACUUAAAAUUUCCAACAUUGGCAGAAGAACAACUUAUUCCUAUUUUUCAUGACAAAGGGAUGCGACAACAGGCACUGUCAUCUUAUGUUUUUAUAGUAGCAAACGUGAUCCUCCAUUCAAGGCAGCUGGCUACCCAGAUAAACCACCUGAAUCAACUGCUUCCUCCUAUAAUGCCGUUUUUAACAUCUCAUCACCACAGUUUACGUUGUUUUACUCAGCUACUUGUGCACUCAGUGCUAUCAAGGUUGUGGCCUACUUUGCAACUCGAAACUUCAGAAGAUGCAGUCUUUGAGAGGAGGUGCAUUCAAGAAUUGAAAAAUUAUCUGGCAGAAAAUUCUGACUGCGUGAGGCUCAGAGUUUCAAUUGAAGGUUUCCUUGAUGUUUUUGAUCCCAAUGCAUCUGGGACUCCUUUGGGAAUAUUUGGCGCUCGUCCUGAGGUGUCUGACUUUGAAUGUGUUCCAAUGUCUGUGAUGGAGCGAGUGAUUGACUUCCUGAAUGAUGUGAGGGAGGACUUGAGACAUUCUAUAGCAAAGGAUUCAGUAACAAUCAAGAAUGAGGAUCUCGCAGUGGAAGAGCAUCACAAUGAGGACAAAACUGAUGGGAGCAUAUCAGAGUUCUUGCAACCUAGUCAAGAUGCACUCAAUUUCCAGAAGAAAAUUACACCCCAUAGGGACUCUGAGCAACCAUUGAACUACAGGGGUCAUGGAACAGUUGGUGAUGACGGUAUUUCAAGUUUAAUUUCCGAGAUGGAGGAAGAUGACCAACUUUUCAACCUAGCGCUAGAAGCAAGAAAACAUGCUGUGGAAACAAUCAAGCAAAGCCAGCAAGAAUUGAUCGUGGUUGCAUCAUUGGUAGACCGCAUACCUAAUCUUGCCGGACUGACAAGAACAUGUGAGGUAUUCAAAGCAGCUGGUUUGGUUGUUGCUGACAAGAGUAUUGUUCAGGACAAGCAAUUCCGGCUGAUCAGUGUGACUGCUGAGAAAUGGGUGCCGAUGGUGGAGGUCCCGGUGGAUAGCGUGAGAGUGUACCUGGAGAAGAAGAGGGUGGAAGGGUAUUCGGUGAUCGGGCUGGAGCAGACGGCCAACAGCAAGCCCCUGGACCAGUUCGCCUUCCCGAGCAAGACGGUGCUGGUGCUGGGGCGGGAGAAGGAAGGAAUCCCCGUGGACAUAAUCCACAUCCUGGACGCGUGCGUGGAGAUCCCGCAGCUGGGCGUGGUGCGGUCGCUCAACGUUCAUGUCAGUGGCGCCAUCGCAGUCUGGGAGUACACGCGGCAACACAAGCAACCAAGCUGAUUUCAUUUAAUCCCCGGUUCAAGACUUGUUAUUUCUUUCAAUGGCCUUUGGCUUUGACUAAUUUCUUUUUGUUUUGAGUCGCCGUGUUCUUUGUUACUUACUGCUACAGCACCUGAUAAAGUUGUUCUCAUCUGUAAUGUAAAAACACUCAUCGGAAAAGGAGACGAUUGUUUAGGCACAUUCA